AUCGGUUCAAAUGUUUAGAUGGUUUCUGUUUUCGACCUCAGCUUAUUGACACGUGUAGGAUAGACGAAAAAUGUGAAUACGGUAAACAUUGCGUGGUAGAAAUUCCGUUGCAUCAGAUGAGCAUGUAAGCUGAGGCUGCGAGGCUGAUGUUGAAUUGAAGCUGAGAAAAUAGUAGAAGAGAUAGAUAUAAGAACAACGGUACUAAACAAGAUGAGUAGUACAAGUACAACCCUGGCUCCGUCAUCAGCGACAUCUUCGCUGAUUAAUCGCCCACUUUCCAAUACAUCAUGUUUCUCCUCAUGUCUCGCAGUUUCUUCAUUUUCAGCUUGCAAUAGUAAUAAUGAGAAUGCUAAGAGAAGGAAAGGUUGGAUGAUCUGUUGUGAAGUGGCUGUUAAAUCCAACAAUUCAACACCAUCCGUAGGAUUUGAGAGCAAUCCAUCUGAAGAGGAAGCUAGGAUUGGUGCAAAAGUUCGAGUCAAAGUGCCUUUGAAGGUCUACCAUGUGCCUAGGGUUCCCGAGCUUGAUCUGACUGGUAUGGAAGGCGUGCUCAAGCAAUACGUUGCCGUUUUUAAGGGAAAAAAAAUCUCCGCCAAUAUGCCUUAUAAGGUCGAGUUUGUUACACAAGUUGAAGGCCGUGGACCUGUCAAGUUCUUUGCCCAUCUCAAGGAAGAUGAGUUCGAUUACCUGGAUUAAUUAUUUAUCUCUAUUUUAUUACCUUUUUAGUGACGAAUCAAUAAUAAUUGCUAUUAUUUUGUAUGUCUUUCACAUGGAUUCGCUUUCUAUGCUAAUUAUCUUUAUUUUUCUCUUGCUUGAUGCUA